UGGCGGCGGCCUCGAGCACCCUUCUCUUCUUGCCGCCCGGGACUUCAGACUGAGCCUUUUUGGGAAGCGUGGGGGCUACUAAUGCCCUGCAUCCCGAGAACUCAGUCCCUCUUGGUUCCUCUGCUGGUGGCGGUGAAAGGUUUGUCCUCUCGUGGCGGACAUAGGCCUUCGCUGCUGUCAGGAUGAAGGCUCAGGGGGAAACCGAGGAGUCGGAAAAGCUGAGUAAGAUGAGUUCCCUUUUGGAACGGCUCCAUGCAAAAUUUAACCAAAAUAGACCUUGGAGUGAAACUAUUAAGCUUGUGCGUCAAGUCAUGGAGAAGAGGGUUGUAAUGAGUUCUGGAGGUCACCAACAUUUGGUCAGCUGUUUGGAGACAUUGCAGAAGGCUCUCAAAGUAACAUCUUUACCAGCAAUGACUGAUCGUUUGGAGUCAAUAGCAAGGCAGAAUGGACUGGGCUCUCAUCUCAGUGCCAGUGGUACUGAAUGUUACAUCACGUCAGAUAUGUUCUAUGUGGAAGUGCAGUUAGAUCCUGCAGGACAGCUUUGUGAUGUAAAAGUGGCUCACCAUGGGGAGAAUCCUGUGAGCUGUCCAGAGCUUGUACAGCAGUUAAGGUGAGUAAUAUUUAACUCAUUUUCUCCUCAUCUAUUCUCUAGCAAACUGAAGACCAAAAUGUAUUUGGCUCUCCAAUCCUUAGAACAAGAUCUGUCUAAAAUGGCAAUUAUGUACUGGAAAGCAACUAAUGCUGGUCCCUUGGAUAAAAUUCUUCAUGGAAGUGUUGGCUAUCUCACUCCACGGAGUGGUGGUCACUUAAUGAACAUGAAGUACUAUGCCUCUCCUUCUGACCUGCUGGAUGAUAAGACUGCAUCUCCUAUCAUUUUGCAUGAGAAUAAUGUUCCUCGGUCUUUGGGGAUGAAUGCAUCAGUGACAAUUGAAGGGACUUCUGCUAUGUACAAACUCCCAAUUGCACCAUUAAUUAUGGGGUCACAUCCAGUUGAUAACAAAUGGACCCCUUCCUUCUCCUCAAUCACCAGUGCCAACAGUGUUGAUCUUCCUGCCUGUUUCUUCUUGAAAUUUCCCCAACCAAUCCCAGUAUCUAGAGCAUUUGUUCAGAAGCUACAGAAUUGCACAGGAAUUCCAUUGUUUGAAACUCAACCAACUUACGUACCCCUGUAUGAACUGAUUACCCAAUUUGAGUUGUCGAAGGAUCCAGAUCCCAUACCUUUGAAUCACAAUAUGCGGUUUUAUGCUGCUCUUCCAGGUCAGCAACACUGUUAUUUCCUCAACAAAGAUGCUCCUCUUCCAGAUGGACGAAGUCUACAAGGAACACUGGUUAGCAAAAUCACCUUUCAGCAUCCUGGCCGAGUUCCUCUUAUCCUCAAUAUGAUUAGACAUCAAGUGGCCUAUAAUACCCUAAUUGGAAGCUGUGUCAAAAGAACUAUUUUAAAAGAAGAUUGUCCUGGGCUUCUUCAGUUUGAAGUAUGUCCCCUCUCAGAAUCCCGUUUCAGUGUAUCUUUUCAGCACCCUGUGAAUGAUUCCCUGGUGUGUGUGGUAAUGGAUGUGCAGGACUCAACACAUGUCAGCUGUAAACUCUACAAGGGACUGUCAGAUGCACUCAUCUGCACAGAUGACUUCAUUGCCAAAGUUGUUCAAAGGUGUAUGUCCAUCCCUGUGACGAUGAGGGCUAUUCGGAGGAAGGCUGAAACCAUUCAGGCUGACACCCCAGCUCUGUCCCUCAUUGCAGAGACAGUUGAAGACAUGGUGAAAAAGAACCUGCCCCCGGCUAGCAGCCCAGGGUAUGGCAUGACCACAGGCAACAACCCAAUGAGUGGUACCACUACACCAACCAACACCUUUCCGGGGGGUCCCAUUACCACCUUGUUUAAUAUGAGCAUGAGCAUCAAAGAUCGGCAUGAGUCGGUGGGCCAUGGGGAGGACUUCAGCAAGGUGUCUCAGAACCCAAUUCUUACCAGUUUGUUGCAAAUCACAGGGAACGGGGGGUCUACCAUUGGCUCGAGUCCGACCCCUCCUCAUCACACGCCGCCACCUGUCUCUUCGAUGGCCGGCAACACCAAGAACCACCCGAUGCUCAUGAACCUUCUUAAAGAUAAUCCUGCCCAGGAUUUCUCAACCCUUUAUGGAAGCAGCCCUUUAGAAAGGCAGAACUCCUCUUCCGGCUCACCCCGGAUGGAAAUGUGCCCGGGGAGCAACAAGACCAAGAAAAAGAAGUCAUCAAGAUUACCACCUGACAAACCCAAGCACCAGACUGAAGAUGAUUUUCAGAGAGAGCUGUUUUCAAUGGAUGUCGAUUCACAGAACCCAAUCUUUGAUGUCAACAUGACAGCUGACACGCUGGAUACGCCACACAUCACUCCAGCUCCAAGCCAGUGUAGCACUCCCCCAACAACUUACCCACAACCAGUACCUCACCCCCAACCCAGUAUUCAGAGGAUGGUCCGACUAUCCAGUUCAGACAGCAUUGGCCCAGAUGUAACUGAUAUUCUUUCAGACAUUGCAGAAGAGGCUUCUAAGCUUCCCAGCACUAGUGAUGAUUGCCCACCCAUUGGUACCCCUGUUCGAGAUUCUUCAAGUUCUGGGCAUUCUCAGAGUGCACUCUUUGACUCUGAUGUCUUUCAAACUAAUAAUAAUGAAAAUCCAUACACUGAUCCAGCUGACCUUAUUGCAGAUGCUGCUGGAAGCCCCAGUAGUGAUUCUCCUACCAAUCAUUUCUUUCCUGAUGGAGUAGAUUUCAAUCCUGAUUUAUUGAACAGCCAGAGCCAAAGUGGUUUUGGAGAAGAAUAUUUUGAUGAAAGCAGCCAAAGUGGGGAUAAUGAUGAUUUCAAAGGAUUUGCAUCUCAGGCACUGAAUACUUUAGGGGUGCCAAUGCUGGGAGGUGAUAAUGGGGAGACAAAAUUUAAAGGCAAUAGCCAGGCUGACACAGUUGAUUUCAGUAUUAUAUCAGUAGCUGGUAAGGCUUUGGGUCCUGCAGAUCUUAUGGAGCAUCACAGUGGUAGCCAGAGUCCUUUAUUAGCCACUGGGGACUUAGGGAAAGAAAAGGCUCAAAAGAGAGUCAAGGAAGGCAAUGGCACCAGUAAUAGUAGUCUGUCAGGCCCAGACAGUAAGCCAGGAAAACGCAGCCGGACCCCUUCUAAUGAUGGGAAAAGCAAAGAUAAGCCUCCAAAGCGGAAGAAGGCAGACACUGAGGGAAAGUCUCCAUCUCACAGUUCUUCUAAUCGACCUUUUACUCCACCUACCAGUACUGGUGGGUCCAAAUCUCCAGGCAGUUCAGGAAGAUCUCAGACUCCCCCAGGUGUUGCCACACCACCCAUUCCCAAAAUCACUAUUCAGAUUCCUAAGGGAACAGUAAUGGUGGGCAAGCCCUCUUCUCACAGUCAGUAUGCCAGCAGUGGUUCUGUGUCUUCCUCAGGCAGCAAAAGCCACCAUAGCCAUUCUUCUUCCUCUUCAUCUGCUUCCACUUCAGGCAAGAUGAAAAGCAGUAAGUCAGAAGGUUCAUCAAGUUCUAAGUUAAGCAGCAGUAUGUAUUCUAGCCAAGGGUCUUCUGGAUCUAGUCAGUCCAAAAAUUCAUCCCAGUCUGGGGGGAAGCCAGGCUCCUCUCCUAUUACCAAACAUGGACUGAGUAGUGGCUCUAGCAGCAGCAAGAUGAAACCUCAAGGCAAGCCAUCAUCACUUAUGAAUCCUUCUUUAAGUAAACCAAACAUAUCCCCCUCUCAUUCAAGGCCUCCUGGAGGUUCUGAUAAACUUGCCUCUCCAAUGAAGCCUGUUCCUGGUACUCCCCCAUCCUCCAAAGCCAAGUCCCCUAUCAGUUCAGGUUCUGGUGGUUCUCACAUGUCAGGAACUAGUUCAAGCUCUGGCAUGAAGUCAUCUUCAGGGUUAGGAUCCUCAGCCUCACUGUCCCAGAAAACUCCCCCAUCAUCUAAUACUUGUACAACAUCUUCCUCUUCAUUUUCCUCAAGUGGCUCUUCCAUGUCAUCUUCUCAGAACCAGCAUGGAAGUUCUAAAGGGAAGUCUCCCAGCAGAAACAAGAAGCCAUCCUUGACAGCUGUCAUAGAUAAGCUGAAGCACGGGGUUGUCACCAGUGGUCCAGGGGGUGAAGAUCCAAUGGAUGGUCAAAUGGGGAUGAGCACAAAUUCUUCGAGCCAUCCCAUGUCCUCCAAACAUAACAUGUCAGGAGGAGAGUUCCAGGGCAAGCGUGAGAAAAGUGAUAAAGACAAAUCAAAGGUUUCCACCUCUGGGGGGUCAGUAGAUUCUUCUAAGAAGACUUCAGAGUCAAAAAAUGUAGGGAGCACAGGUGUGGCAAAAAUUAUCAUCAGCAAGCAUGAUGGUGGCUCCCCCAGCAUAAAAGCCAAAGUGACUUUGCAGAAACCUGGGGAAAGUACUGGAGAAGGGCUAAGGCCACAGAUGGCCUCUUCCAAAAACUAUGGCUCUCCAAUGAUAAGUGGUUCCACUCCAAAACAUGAACGUGGCUCUCCCAGCCAUAGUAAGUCGCCAGCAUAUACCCCCCAGAAUCUGGACAGUGAAAGUGAGUCAGGGUCCUCUAUAGCAGAGAAAUCUUACCAGAACAGUCCCAGUUCAGAUGAUGGCAUCCGACCACUUCCAGAAUACAGCACAGAGAAGCAUAAGAAGCACAAAAAGGAAAAGAAGAAAGUUAAAGACAAAGAUAGAGACCGGGACAAAGACCGAGACAAGAAAAAGUCUCAUAGCAUCAAGUCAGAGAGUUGGUCUAAAUCACCGAUCUCUUCAGACCAAUCCUUGUCUUUGACAAGUAACACAAUUCUGUCUGCAGACAGGCCUUCAAGGCUAAGCCCUGAAUUUAUGAUUGGGGAGGAAGAUGAUGAUCUUAUGGAUGUGGCUCUGAUUGGCAGUUAGGAACAUUAUUUUCUAAACAGAUAUGGCCAGGGAGGAACUAACGUUUAUAUGUAAACCAACACAAAGGGGUGACUCAGACAGGUCUGAUUUAUGUUUGGGUGGAAAAAGGCAUAGCUUUGAUACUAAGCCAAGUGAAUUUAGAAAGGUAUAUUCAGACCCUAUUAAAGAGAUCCCAUGGUUUGAUAAUACCAAUAGUUUCUAUUCCUCUGCCAGGAAGAACAUGUUAAAAAUACUUGCUUAGGAAAGGGACAGGGAGAGGGAAGGGUGGGAAAACAGUUUAGUGGGAAAUACUCAUUUUUCUCCCUCUUUUAGGCCCUUAUUAGGCCAUGUUUUGAACACAUUUUAGUGCAUGCAUUUAAGGGCUGGGCAGAAAAUGAAAAAGCAAUACAUUCCUUGAUGCAUUUGCAUGAAGGUGGUUCACCUUUGGGUAGUUGUCCAUUUGAGGCAUGGACACUGAAAGACAUUUGUCAUGUUGGACACAAGCAAUGUCUGGUGUCAGAAGUGAUUGAGGGAGAGAUGAUGAUUUUAACUAUUUAUUUGUAAUAUUUUAACCCUUUUAUGUUUUUAUGCAGUGUUUCUAAAUCUAUGAGGCUUAGGGUUCACGAUGAUGGGAAGCAAGGUUUAUUGGUGAUUAGAGAGCUUAUUGCUUGGGCUUGAUACUACAGCAUUAAGCCCAAAUAGUAGUCAGAGCCCACCUUUGGAGUUACAUAGAGAAACCAAAAAUUAUUUUAGGAAGUUUUUCAUAGAGUUCAUACAUCAUAGGAAUAAAUACUAGGAGUUACCUCCCUGUGGAGGUGAUUGAUUUAUAAUCCUUUUCCUUUUAAAAAAGGUAGGGUGUCUUUGGGAUUUAAACAUGUAUUCAGAUAUAGUAAGGUGUGAUGUGGGACAGCCUUCCUGAACCAGUGGCAUGAAAAUCUUUACAGAAUUAAUAGUUCUCCUAUUUCCACAAUGUGCCAAAAGUCUGCAUCUCAGCAUUUAUUUGCAGGAGAACUGAUGCCAUUCCUAAGAGCUGGGCUCUUUGUCUCUCUGCACCACAAGGAGGAGUUCAGACUUUAAUACUUACUUCACUGUAGUGCUCCCUGAGAUAAAACAGUAAAAAGAAUUUGCAGCCAUAGUUCACUUAAAACGAUUUCAAGCUCACUUAAAUAAUGGGGGCCUGGAAUGCUUGUGAGCAUGAAGAUAAACCCUUGCUACUGUGUAGCAAUACAAUUGGACCUUUUUGGAAAACAGGUCUGACUCUGGAUUCUGGGGGACAUCAAUAAGAAGCCCUUCUCAUAAAUAUAGAAAUCCAGGAGACCAUUUGAGUACAACAGAAGUUCUCAGUAUUUGGAGGGUCCUCUCAAAAUUCUGCGGCCUUACUUUGAUUUUGACACCUGCACUGUGCCAUUCCUGAUGAUUCCAUUCAGGAUCUCUAUCUGCGGGGUGGGGCAUAAUCCCCAGCACAACUCUUCCGGAUUAGAAACAAACAAAAAAAAAGCCAGAUGAUUCAUGUGUGUGUGUGUGUGUCAUAAAUGGAAUGACUUCAUCAGAUGUGGAAGAAGAUUAUAUUCAACCGUUUCUACAGGUUGGAGUUAGCAUAGAAUUGGAAAAUCCACUUUGGCUUUCUUUCCCAACUGUCUCAUUUCCUCCAGUGUUCCUUUCUUGGUCAUCAGCUCUGCCACUUUUAUGUCCCAAGGUAAUAAGUCGGAAAUGAAAUGUUGCAAAGUGGAACAAGUUAUCAGUUACUGUAUCAGUCAAAUUUCUUGGGUGACACUAAGGAGGACAUGGGCAAGGUGCUUUAUCUUGUGAUGCUUAUACAGUAGCAGUCUCAGACAUAACAACUGAGUUGGAUUUCUCACAAGUAUCAUCUAGUUUUGAAUCCUGUCCCAUUUGUUUUUGCAGGAAAACUAAAAAGUUACAUGGUUUUUAAGUUCUGGGUGGGGAAAAGCUUGUAGAAAACAUACUGCAUAGUAUCAGGGGUUCAGCUCCUCCAAGCAGAGCCAACAAAUACCAGAAUGAGUAAACUGGGAAGCUUUUUCACCUUUCCGUCUUCAUACCAGAUCAGAGAAUCCCAAGAUAGGAUCUGGAUGAAGGAUAAACCCCUGAAAUGUUGACGGGCACACCCCACACACUGACCCAACAUCUGCAUUUGCUUAACAGGGAGCUGGGGCUAAACUGUUUCACCCUGCUUGAGAACCAGGGAGCACUGCAUUUCUCCACAGGGUGGAGGAGAAGAGGCAGAAUAAACCAAGCCUGGGAACCUCCCUCCUAUCUAGGUGUACUCACUCUCCUGUUUCAAAAGACAACAAGGAUAUGAAGUCAACUUCUACCUAUCUUUUGCUGCUGGUGUCUUAUAUAUUAGUUUGACCUGAUUAUUCUGUCGUUUGGCUUCAUAUUGGGGAUUCUUCGUCAAAAUCUGUUCUGAUGUAUAUGAAGAUUUCAGAUUCAAAUUCAGUGUGUCUUAAAACAGUGUUUUCAGGGUGGGAAGGGCUGAAACUGGAUAAAAUUGUUGCCAAAAAAAAAAAAAGAGGUUGAUGACUCUUGAAAAGGAUUUUCCUUCUCCAGGCCAAGGUCUGAAAAUCUAGUGCAGCCAUAUCAUGAACUUUCUGAAGAACCCUUUCAGGGAGCCAGUGAUUCAUACAGUAUCCACACACUUGAAUCACAGCAGAUACCAGUUUAGGAAACAUUCAUAAUCCCUUGGCAAUCUUAUUUUCCCCCUUUCAUUUCUAUCUCUGCUCCGUGUUUCUAUCUUUCAGUUUGUUUUGGAGGAGCAGCAGGUGUUUCGUAUCUCAGAAGCUAGUUUAGAAAUUAAUGCUCAACUAAAUGGUGAGCUUUAAAUUCUGUGUUUAAAAUGCACAUCAGGAGCAGUGGGGAGGGCUUUUCUAAAAAGGAAUCAAGUUUGAUUGUGUGUACGGCAGUUCUGUAAAUAUUUUGGGUUUUCUGUUUUCAUUUUUUGAAAGUAGACAAAAUCUGUGGGAAUUUUUUCCUGAAACAUUAAAAAAAGUGUUUAUUUACAUGCAAAUAAAUUUCUUUGAUAAAAUUAA